GAUCAUCGCUUCCAACACUGACGCGCUCCUUUAAUGGCGACAGCGACCGCGUCAACUCAUGACCGAGCUAGAGAACAUGAGAGAGAGAAGCGUCCGGAUGAGCAACAAGGGUCCGUCAUUCUCCGCAUCAAGCGAAAGAGAGGCACGGAUCCCGUGACAGCGCUCCGCAUCUUUCAGCAGGAGGACGCAGGCCAGCUCGAGAAUGGAGACGAGGCUGGGAACACAGAGGCCGGAGAGCCCUCAGAGGCCCUCAGUCCAUCAUCUCCCACGCUCGAAGAUCCAAGCAGGACGAAGCGAAGGAUGCUGAACCGCGAGGCGGGCGGCAUGAGCAUCUUUCGGUUCGCCCAGCGCGUGAGCCUGGACCGCUUCAAGGAUCGAGACGCGGCCGCUUCGAUCCACCGGGAGAUCCGAGGAGGAAAGCAGCAGCCGAGCGUGGUGGCACCCGGGAGAAACGAGGAGGAUCUUCAUUUCCGAGUGGUUCGACAGCAACAGCAGCGCGAGGAGCAGAAGAAAGAGGCCCAGGCCCAGGCCGGUGCCAAGGCUCGAAGCAAGCGACUGCUGGUAGAUGCGCUCAAGAAGGGCAAACGAACGAGCGGGACGCUGUCCACAUCGUCCUCGUCGUCCAGCCUGAGAGCACUCAAGAGGUCUUCGGUUGGAUCCUCGAGCAAUCUGAAUGCGGCCAGCAGAUCCAGCAGGAAGCUCAAAGCGCCUCCAGAGGUCAUACGUGCAGCGCCCUAUCCGAGGAUACGAGUCAUUGAUGCCGUUGCAGAUGACGGCGAGGGGCCCAGCAAAAGCAGGCGAAAGAAGAAGGUGGACAAGCAAGCAGCGUCAGCCUUGAACAGAGACAAGAGGAAGGAAAAGGAGCAGCAGCAGGAGGUGCCACCAAGCGCAGAUGCAGAUGCUGAAAUGGCUGCUCUGGAUCGCCGCUUUGCUGACUUGCUCGGGGACUAUCUCAAAGCGAACGACCUCGAGCCGCCAAGAGACCUUUACGAUGCAUCUGCGGCACACCCUGGGGACACACAGAAAGAGGAAGAUGGGUCGUCGUCGUCGUCUGAAGAAGACUCGGACAGCGAAUAUGUCUAUGACAUCUACUACCGCGAGCGCGAGCCGCCAGCGAGCUGGGGCUCCGGCGGCGCUGCGGGGGCGUCUGACGUGGGCCUACGACCUGCCCAGGUCCAGGGCCACAGUACCCUCGAUGCCGCGUCAGUCGGGCCACGCGCUCCUCCCGAGGUGGUUGGCUCUUCAGAUUCGCUGAGCCGCUCCACCUCGGCGCAGUGGGGGCCCAACCACAAUCUGCCCAUGGCUACGCUCUUUGGGUUGACGUCGGCCGACAUCCGGCUACUGGAAGAAGCAGAUCAAGGCAAUGGGGAGGCCGGAGACGACCCGGCCGGGCUUGCUUCUAUCCUGGUUCCCGACGCGGGAGAUGGGAGCGCCGUCAACAAGCCAGGUGACUCGGAUGAUGACUUUGACGAGGGCGAAGACGAAGAUAGCAACGACGAGGGCUUCUAUCGCAACGACUACCCCGAUCGGGAGGUUGGCGACGACGAGGAAGAGGCAGAGGACUACGAGGACGACGAGGUGGAUCCUUGGGGAUGGGCAGGGCCGAGGAGACAGAGAAGAGAGAGCGUCUCCUCGGAAGAGCUCGGUUCUUCUGAAACAGAGGACGAGGAUCUGUAUGCGAGCGAUGGCGAUUGAAAUCGGCACACUUAUACCCCCAUACAUGUGAAGCAAUAUGGACAGAUUCUUCUCUCUGUCUGAUCUUCUCGUGCUCUGAUCGAGAAGUUUGCUUAUCCCCUAGAGAUGCACGCUUCGCAACGCGGUCAUGUCAUAUUUCAGCAUCUGAAUGGUGGAAGAGCAAGCGGCACACAUGCUCGUCAAGGUGAGCCGCACAGAAGUGGCCAGUGGCAUGCUAGAAGUUGAAGUCUAGCUAGACGGUGAAACUAGGUACAGCACGCAAUAGGAAGGGGAUGGUAAGGAAACUCGAGAAAGGGGAAAAGGGAAAUGGAAGACCUGGAAAAGAGAAAAGGACUCUGAGGAUUCUUCCUCUUGGAAAGCGGGGAGAACAUGGAGUGACGAGAAACGUUUCAGCAUUGCCCUCUUCUUGGAGGCUGUGCAGUCCCGCUGGAACCC